UGGAAGGGUUUCCGGGGUUGUUUCUGUAGAAGGUGGGGGUGGUGGGUGUGAGACAGAGAGAUGUGGGCUUGUUUUUCUAGUUGCUUAAUAAAUAUGAAGGCUUAAAGGCAGAGCGCUUCCUUGAUGUCCUUCGGAAAGGAGGAGGAAGAGAUGCCUGCCGGAUCUCACAACUGCAGUAGCUGCGGCUUUUGUUUAUUCGGAGGCGCACACGAUUUUUGUAUACACUGUGCGAGAUAACCGGGAAGACGCUUCCUUUCCGAAAAUGAGGCGCGUCUGAGAAUCAGCUCCCGAGAAAGCUUCGUUUUCUAGAAUAUUGUGACAACCGGCCCUUUUCUUCCUCUUGGUGGUCUCUGCUUUCCAUUGUAUUGGAAGUUUCAAAGUGCUGACUUUGGGUCACCUUCUGAAAUACUGGGAAUGGUCAUUUGUACUUUGCAGCAUCUUGAGACUAAAAGCUAAAGAGAAUCUUCUGUGAAUAAAGGAAAAGCCCUUCGCUGGUCCUUUUGCAUUUGGAGCUGCCUUCCUUUUACCAUAAGCCAGGAAGGAGUGUGUGUGUCAGCAGCGCUGCCACCAUGAAUGUGACAAGUCUGUUCUCCUUCACCAGUCCAGCCGUGAAGAGACUCCUUGGGUGGAAACAGGGCGACGAAGAAGAAAAGUGGGCAGAGAAGGCGGUCGACGCCCUGGUGAAGAAGCUGAAGAAGAAGAAAGGGGCCAUGGAGGAACUGGAAAAGGCCUUGAGCUGCCCGGGGCAGCCCAGUAACUGUGUGACCAUCCCCCGCUCCCUGGACGGCAGGCUGCAGGUGUCCCACCGGAAGGGACUGCCUCACGUCAUUUACUGCCGCGUGUGGCGCUGGCCCGACCUCCAGAGCCACCACGAACUGAAGCCGCUGGAGUGCUGCGAGUUCCCCUUCGGCUCCAAGCAGAAAGAGGUGUGCAUCAACCCCUACCACUACAAGAGGGUCGAAAGCCCCGUUCUUCCUCCAGUGCUUGUUCCAAGACACAGUGAAUAUAACCCGCAGCACAGCCUCCUAGCUCAGUUCCGCAACCUGGGGCAAAAUGAGCCCCACAUGCCGCUCAACGCCACCUUCCCGGACUCCUUCCAGCAGCCCAACAGCCACCCGUUCCCUCACUCCCCCAGCAGCAGCUACCCGAACUCCCCCGGCAGCAGCAGCGGCACCUACCCGCACUCUCCGACCAGCUCAGACCCGGGAAGCCCUUUUCAAAUGCCAGCUGAUACGCCCCCGCCUGCCUACCUGCCUCCUGAAGACGCCCUGACCCAGGACGGCUCGCAGCCAAUGGACACGAGCAUGAUGGCACCUGCGCUGCCCUCGGAGAUCAGCAGGGGAGAUGUGCAGGCGGUUGCUUACGAGGAGCCAAAACACUGGUGCUCUAUUGUCUACUAUGAGCUCAAUAACCGCGUGGGCGAAGCGUUCCACGCCUCCUCCACGAGCGUGCUGGUGGACGGUUUCACCGACCCCUCCAACAAUAAGAACCGUUUCUGCCUUGGGCUGCUCUCCAAUGUGAAUCGGAAUUCCACUAUUGAAAACACUAGGCGGCAUAUUGGGAAAGGAGUGCAUCUGUAUUACGUCGGAGGGGAGGUGUAUGCUGAAUGCCUCAGCGACAGCAGCAUCUUUGUGCAGAGUCGGAACUGCAACUACCAUCACGGAUUUCACCCCACUACCGUUUGCAAGAUCCCCAGUGGGUGUAGUUUGAAAAUUUUUAACAACCAGGAGUUUGCCCAGUUACUGGCUCAGUCUGUGAACCAUGGCUUCGAGACCGUCUAUGAGCUCACAAAAAUGUGUACCAUACGCAUGAGCUUUGUGAAGGGUUGGGGAGCCGAGUACCACCGCCAAGAUGUUACUAGCACCCCCUGCUGGAUCGAGAUCCAUCUGCACGGCCCCCUCCAGUGGCUGGAUAAAGUUCUCACUCAGAUGGGUUCGCCUCAUAAUCCUAUUUCAUCUGUGUCUUAAGCGGCCUGAGGCUUCUGCCUCUUGAAAACUAUUGAGCCUUGCAUGUACUUGAAGGGUGGAUGAGUCAGACACGAUUGAGAACUGACAAAGGAGCCUUGAUCAUACUUGACUUCUGUGACCAACUGUUGGAUUCAGAGAUUUAAAAACAAAAAACAAAAAAAAAAACCUUGGUAACAUACUGUUGAUAUCAAGAAUCUGUUUAGUUUACAUUGUAACAUUCUGUUGUAAAAAUCACCUAAAAUGAAUACUUUUAGCAGGACUUUGUGUAUAGUUAAAGGAGAGAUGGCCAAGCCAGGGACAAAUUAUCUGUUGGAAAUCCGGUCCUAAGAGAGUCUUUUGUGUUUGGCACUUUAAGGUCAUCGUUUGGCAGAAGUUUAGCAUUAAUAGUCUUUCUGAAGUGUGUUUUUAUCAGGUUUAAAGUCUUCUUUAAUGGGUUUUCAUAAUAUUUUUAAACUAUUUGUUUAGCAAUGGUUUUUGUUUGUUUUUUUAAGUAAAGGUUAAUCUUGAUGAUAUACAUAGUAAUCUUUCUAAAAUUAUAUGCUGACCAUACUGCUGUCAGAAUAAUGUUAGGCAUAUGCUCUUUGCUGAAUAUAUAUGUACAGAAUAUUUGGAGGUUAAGAAUGGAUUAGACUAGCGGAUUUAGGAGCAUUGGAGAGGGUGGGGGCCAGGGAAAUGACAGCUGCAGAUGUAGAAUAUACUGUAAAAAUUCAGUUUGUUGCUUCAGAGAAACAAACUGACGCCUGAAUUUUGCUGUGUUUCAAUUUUUUUUUAGAGAUUUUUAUCCUACUUUUUUUUUUUUUUUUUGCAUCUUCUGUUUCAUUCGCUCCCAAAAGCAGUUAUGCAGCUGGUUAAUUCAUAUAACUGUGAGAGCAAAUGGAUAAUUCCUGCUUUUCUGAAAUUGACUGCAGAAACGUUUCAAUACCAAUUGUAUGGAGCGCUUGAAUUUAAUAAGCAGUUUUUAUGGAGUUUACAGUACAGAAAUAGGCUUUAAUUUUUAAGUGAAUUGUUUGCCAAACUUAGUAACUCUGUUAAAUAUUUGGAGGAUUUAAAGAACAAUCCCUGUUUAAGUCCAUUUCAGACUUUUUAAAUUUUUUGUACUAUGUUUGGUUUUAUUUUUCUUCUGCUAAUCUUUUAUAUUCACUUACGCUCCCGUACAUUGAGUACUUUUAUUCCAAAACUAGUGGGUUUUCUCUACUGGAAAUUUUAAAUAAACCUCUCAUUAUUGCUUACUUUGAUUAAAAAUGUGUUCUUUCCUUUCUUUACACCCUAGACUUUAUGACCUAUAAGACUCACUCCUCUUUUGAAGGACUUUUGUUAAAUAUUUGCCAAAUGUAAAAAACUAAGCUACCAACACAGACAGGGAUACUGAAUCACGAAGAAAGCAGCGUCCCUUUGAAUCAGAAAAGAAAGGACACGUGGAACUUUAAAAAUUAAAGAUACGCAAACUAACAUAACCCGGAAUUCCUGGUCUAGAUGUAGGAACCCUCUUCUGUGAGGAAUUGCAGCAGCAGCGAUUAUUAGUGGGCGCCAUUCAGUCAACCAAAAGCACCCCCGGUUCCCACACUUCACUGAGAUGCAAAGGUGACGGUGAGGGGUCUGGAAUUGGGGGGAGGGAUGGGAACUACAGCUGCACUGAGACGAGAUGAUUGCCGCAGGUCCUCAAACAUCGUUUUGUUCAACUUCACUUUGUUGUAGUAUCGAUGUGAUGCUAUGGGAACUUAACCCCUGUUUACAUCAGUUAACUUGGUACAAUGAAUCAGGUAAAAUUGGUUUUCGUACUGUUUUGCUUGAAGUCACAGGAUUCACUGGCAUUAAGUGAGGACUUACUAUACUUUUGCGAUCUACCAGCCUGGGACCUUCUCCCAUCCCCUGUCCUGCUCCCCUAAACAAAGUUUGCUCACAAAGGAUGAAGAUUUGAGGAGACUUAAGAUUUUUCUUUGGCCAACUAGAUGCCACUCUUUCUCCUUUACCUUUUUGUGCCUCGUUCCCACAAUUAUUGCCAGCCCCUCUUAUUCUCCAAACUGUGACUCAGCAGGAAUGUUUGCUGCAGCUUGCUGUCUCCGGAAACACCUUGCUGCAAAUGGAAAAAAGGUGCAGAAGAAGACCUCCGUCAUAACACAGAUUCGUGCGUGUCUUUGGUGGGUCACUCAGCUUCUGGGAACCUCUGGUUCUGCCUCUGUGAAACAGAUGAUGCUGUGUUCUCACCACAAGGUCGAGGUGAGGACAUACUGGAAGAGAAGUAUGUGUGACAGUACCGUGGAGACCUAACUGCCAUGUAAGUAUAGGGGCUCCUCUUACUGAACCCUUCCCCGUACUCCGUUUUCCCACUUACCUGCUAAGUCCUUUCUGGGACAGGCGAUCUGGUUUGAUGACCAUCAUUGGGGAGAUACAGUAAAAGAUCAGUAAAUUAAAACAAUUGGACUUCAGCAAUGAGGCGUCACUGGAAAUUGUCUACAAAUAAAGAGCUCAGGGCAGGAUUCCUCACCCUUUUCCUAGUGAACAGCUAGCUGCCUUUUGCCUGAUGGAACAGUUAUGCCAAUUGUGUGUAGGAGUGAAUGCUGGUAGCUUGGAGAUGUACUGGAUUCAACCCCAAGAGCAUCCAGUAGAUUGGAACCUACUGGAUUGGGGCCCUAGGAGCAGGCAGCAUGGUGCAUAGAUCAGCCCUCUAUGCUCAGGGGCAGUUAUCUGUAUUCGGUAAAAUCUCCCUGAAGACCACUGUCAUCAGCCAUAGGAGGCUGUAUUAAGUCUCUUGGAAGUUUUCAACUAACAGAAUGAAAAAGUCAAAGCAACUAUGUGUUUGGAUUACUAGCAACAACAAGCUAGUUCCAGUGAAACAAAGCAACGUGAGCUACUAUUUAUUUCACAGUAGAUGUAGUAUCAGCUCCUCAGAUGACAGGAUGAUUGGAAAUGGAAGGUUCCGAAGCUGCUGCAGACUCACCUCGUUGAGUUUGUAGUAUCGAAUCUACAGCACGUUUCUUAACUUUUCUGCACCUGUUUCUUCAUCUGUAAAACCAGAGGCAAUAAAUUCUAUCUCAUGAGAUUACCAUGUAUAGAUCUUUUCUAUAGAUAACUUUCUUUUAAUCAAAACAAUACAUGAUUACUAAAGGUGUUUCAAGUCCAAGAAAAACAGAAAGAAGAAAUUAAGGUCUCUCAGCAUAGAGAUCCCCAUGCAGCAUGCUGUAGGAAAUUCAGGUCUAAAGGUUCCUUGUCUUAGCUCCGUUUGUUAGGCAGUUGUUGGCACCAAUCCCGUACCAGCUGCUGCGAGAUCCUCAGACCUGCCCUUAAGGAGCCAGCACCCCAAGGAGGAGAGUCGGUGGUGUGCCGCUGAGUCGGCAAGGGCGUGGCAGGGACCCAGAACUGGACCAGAAGGGUCAGAGGACUUUUCAGAGGAGAUGGUGCCUGAGAACUAAGUGCUCUGUGCUGACUGGGAAUUUUAUAGGCAAGGAUGGGAAGGGGGAUGUGCUCCCAGCAGAACAGGGGCGAGCCUGGCACAUUUGGGGGCAGUAACACCAUGUACUGGAGUGUAGAGCAACCGGGAUGGUAUAUGAAAGGGGACAGGUAGGAAGGGGCCAGGUCAUUGAAGAUCUUUUGUAUAUUAGGAAUGGAAUUCUCCCCGACCCCCCGAGGAUUUGGGGUCCUAAAUGUCUCAAGGAAAUGGUUUCAAUCACCCAGGGAUUGAACACUCCAGGGUCCCGGAGAGAACUGACAGGGAAGCACACAGAUAAGGGGCAAAGAGCUGACAAAGUAGGAGAGUCGUAGAACCAAGGGGAGAGUUUCGACAAGGAGGGCUUGAUGCACCAGGUGACCAGCAGAGGAUUGGGAAGGAGGAGAACUUAAAAAAAGUUUACACUUGGUCCUUAGCACGUCUUUGGUGGCCUCAGAAGAUUGGGGGAGUGGUAUAUAGUGCCACAUUGUGAGGGUUAGAGAGUCCAGACUGACAAAGUACAGGCAAUGAGUGCUCGAAUCUAGAAAAGUUUAUUGGGAGGAGGAGAAGAGCAGGGCCAUGGCCUCUGGUUGCUGGAGAGGAGUGAAUGGAAGGGAGGCGCGGUCAGAACCAAGGGCUGCAGCACACCCGUAAGAGGAUGCAUGCCUGCGUGCUGACGUCAUCCACUGAUGGGGGCUGGGAACUGAGGCUGGGCUGACGGACAAUGAAAAGGCCAAAGUCAUUGCUGUGAAGACAGGAGUCACCUGGCAAUGAGCUCUGGCUCUGGAGAGCAUCAGUCACCUGACUACGGUUGGGUGAUGUGGCCUCCAGCAGAUCCAGUCUAUGUGGCUUGAUGAAGGCUCUGGAAUUUCGGGAUAGGAUCAGAGAAAAGGGAUAUGAAAUUCCUGGAGUUGGGGAUUGACAACACAGUCCUGGGGGAAUUAUAGGGGCUAAUGACUGUCACUGGAACGAAGGUCUGUGUGGUCCAGGCUAAGAUGCAAACUAGGGACAAGAAGCCAAACGGGAGCUGCAGGGAAGCUGAGAGGAGAGUGAGGAGCACAUUGGUGUGAAUGGACCCAGCUUGCUCUUAUUUCUUCGCUCACAGAAAUUCUGGAUUCUCAAAGAAAACAAGUCCUGAAGCAAGGCCCUCCACGAAGGGUGCUGAUAUGGUAUAAAGGUGUGACGGGCAUUCACUGGAGGAGAGAGUGUGAAGGAACCAAGGCAUAGGUGGAGAGGAGUUGUGGUUUUGCUCGUCAUUCCAUCACCAGAUAGAGCUUAACUCAUAGCAGGCACUCCGUAAG